UCCUCCAUGAGGUCACCGCUUGUGGUAGCCAAUCCGCGGCGUUUAAGUGGGCGGGGACCCCAUCGGGUCCCGGGAACCGAAGCCAAGAGCGAGCCGGGGCGGGGGGGGGCCCAUGGAUUUGGAGGGGGAAAAGCCAUGGGGGGCACCCCCCGGAACCCCUUUCCCAGGCGCGCGCUCUCCGCUGGAUGAGGCGCAGAGAGACACUUUCCUCGGGAUAAGUGUGGGGGAGGCUGAUUGGGGGGCUCAUCCGGCUCCAACGCCCGAGGCUCCGAAAAGAGAGAGUUGGCGGAGGGAGCGGACUCCGUGCGGGGCCAUGGCCUAGGCCCUUCGGCCCCGGCCCCGGCCGCAAUGACCUCUUUGCCCUGCCCCCUCCCUGGCCCGGAUGCCUCCAAAGCCGUCUUCCCGGACGUCGCCCCCGUCCCAUCGGUAGUGGCUGCCUACCAGCUUGGCCUGUCCCCUGCAACCGCAGCCGCCUCCGAUUUGCCCUAUUCUGGGCCGUAUGGCCACGUCCUGCCCUAUCCCUACACUGGGCCUGCGACCCCCGGAGACUCCUACCUGCCCUGCCAGCUACCCACGGCGCCGUCUCAGCAGUCUCAUCAAGAGCGGGAGCCAGAGUGGCGUAGUCGGGGCCGCCCGGAUCGGAAGAGGGGAACCCCUCGCCCACCCCCAUCCCGGGGCCGAGCUGUUCCCGGACCGAGAUUCCUCGAGAGGCUGGGCCGGGAGGCAGGAGGUGGCCAGAUCUCCCGCGGCGGCACCGCAAGCGCGAUCCAGCAGCGACCCAGAGGGCCUGAGCUGCCGGCGCUGCGCGCUCUCCGAACCCCGGUCACCUUCCGUGCUAGCCGGGAACCCCUCCGUGGGUGCGGCCGGGCGGAGGAGGGGGCUGCCUUGCACCACCGGGCUUCUAGGGCCCCUGAAAGCCGACUACUCUAGCCAGCCAGCCCUGGGGGAGGGAAGAGAUGGUCACUUUUCUGGAGGAUGUGCCUCAGGAGAGGGAGGCCCUUACAAUAGGGGAGGUGAUGACAAACCCUGGGGCACUUUCCAUACUCUGAAGCUGGGAGGGGUGCUCAUCCUGGCGUCCAAGGCCCACUCUGCCGGGCCCCUCUGACCACCCCUCUUCCGGCAGCGGGGAGGCUGCCACGCAGACACUGUCUCGGGUCUCCGAACAAUGCUUUUGAGUCCCCCCCCCCCCCCCGCGCCGGAACGCCCUUCCCCCGUGCUCUCCUGGCCUCAGCCCAGCCCUCGACCCAGCCCUUCUUCCCCGCCCCGCCCCAAGCUGGCGCCACCGCACGCGGCUGAACUCUGUCAUCCCGCCGCUGGGCGCCGCCCCGACCCUCGCUCCGGCCAGUGGCUCUGUCCCCCUUAGGGUCACAGGACCGUUAAGAGUGGGAGCUCCCUGAGGGCAAGAACUGCGGCUAGUCCCACGUGGCACACAGUGGACGUGUGGGGUUUGAAAGGAGGGUGGAGCGGAAGGUAGAGAAGGGCCGAACCCCAAGCCCGAGUUUUUGCUAAUCCGUGGCCGGAAUGCAAACGACAUGCAGAUGAGCCGUGAGACGGCGCGUCAGCCCC